AUGCCUCAAAACGAAUAUAUUGAAGAGUCAAUUAAAAAACAUGGGCGACGGUUUGAUUAUGAAGAACGCAAGCGAAAACGACUUGCGCGUGAACCGCAUACAACUUCUGCUUUUGCGCAGAAAGUUCAUGGCUUGCGCGCAAAACUAUACAACAAGAAACGUUACGCGCAAAAGAUCCAAAUGAAGAAAACUAUUAAACAAAAACAAGAGAAAUCAGCGAAACAAAAAGACACGCAAGCAAUUCCAGAUGGCGCCGUUCCAGCAUAUUUACUGGAUCGUGAAGGGGAAAAACGAGCAAAAAUAUUGUCUAAUAUGGUGAAACAAAAGCGUAAAGAAAAAGCGGGUAAAUGGACUGUUCCACUUCCUAAAGUUCGGGGGAUUGCAGAAGAAGAAAUUUUCAAAGUAGUAAAAACUGGAAAAAAUCGAACCAAGCAAUGGAAACGCAUGAUUACAAAAGCAACAUUUGUUGGUGAUGGCUUCACCCGAAAACCCCCCAAAUACGAAAGGUUUAUUCGACCUAUGGCAUUGCGAUACAAAAAAGCACACGUGACUCAUCCAGAAUUGGCUGCUACGUUUUGUUUACCUAUUAUUAGCGUUAAGAAGAAUCCACAAAGCCCGUUAUAUACUUCCUUAGGUGUGAUUACUAAAGGAACCGUAAUAGAGGUUAAUGUAUCAGAGCUUGGAUUGGUUACUACAUCGGGUAAAGUUGUGUGGGGUAAAUAUGCUCAAGUCACAAAUAAUCCAGAAAACGACGGAUGUAUUAAUGCUGUAUUACUGAAGAUAAAACAAGUAGAACGAGCUAAACGAAGUAAACCGUAA